AUGAUACAGUUAUGGUUAGCACAGCCGAGUCCUUUACAGUUACUCGGCGCAGUUCGUUGCAUCCUAACGGAACCGCCGCUGUUCCGGAAACGUCGCGAAGGAUCCACAUCCGAUCGCCUCGAUUGCGUCACUGUCCUCUGUUGCGGUACAAAGAAAAAGAAGAGAAGACAGACACCGACACUCGAAGUGAAGAAGGAAAGAUAUGCACAGACUGUGGAGCAACACGAGCCGCGAAAUAAGCGAAUAGACGGGAAAAUGGAUUCUGGCGUUAAGUGGAAACGGCCGGGAAUGCACAGACGGAAAAAAGAAUGGAACGCGCUGGCAAAGUGCAGGAACGGUGGCUAUCGUCGAAGCAGCACACCACCUUCGACCUCGUAAUUGCUUCCUGCUACAAAAUCUUGGCUUUGAAUCAAACCUUUCGUUAAUGUGAGGAAUGCAACGAGAAAAUACAAGAUAUCAUCCGUGCGAGUUUACGACAAGAGCAAUAAUUCUUUUGAUUGGAUCUUCAAGGAUAAGUAAAAUAUCUGGUUGUCUAUUCGAUUUAUUAAUUAAACAGAUUCAACACCGUCUCAAUUUUGCAAAACUUGUACAUAAUACGCUUGGAAAAAUGUUCUUAACUAUGUACAUGUUACAGCCUAUCUCGUUCCUCAGUCUGUAAAUUACCUGAUUCUCAAAACUUUCAAACAAUAUAAAAUAAUUAUCACAGGCCUAA